AAGUCAACAAACUUCGAGAUCAUUUGGUACUCAGUGUAUGAAAUAAACCGGACUCAAAUGCACCAUGUUCCGUGCAAAAUUUAUAUCUUUGAUUUUGUUGGGAGUUAUCGCGGUGUGCUGUAUUUCGGGAUCGUCUGCUAACAGGAAUGUAUACCGAAAUGUUGGACCUUACAAAUGGCGGUUGGAUGGAUGGCCCUCGAACAGGGAGCCGGGGUUCAAGGCGAGGAUUUCGCAAAACGGCCUUGACUUUCUGAGAGAUGUCGGUAUUCACAUGCUACAAACGAAGAUUCAGCAGCUUACCAUUCCUGACAUUCACGGCAAGGCUGACGUCAAAGUCGGUCAUAUUUAUUAUGACGUCACAAAAAUGCACAUAACGACUUUCUCUAUCCCCUCGGCUACUCUGACUACCAAUCCGACAGCUGGUGGGCUAACACUGAAGACGAGCGGGGUAUCUAUUAAGGUGCAUGGGGACUGGCAUUACAGUACUCAUGGAUUUAUCCACAUUUCCGACUCUGGUAGUUUUGACGCUGGUGCCAAUUCGAUCACACUUACUGUAACGUUGAGGAUAGGAGUUGAUGCUACCGGUCGACCUAGCAUCUCAUCUCAGGCAUCAGACUGUUCUUUCAGUGUCGGUGGGCUUGAUAUCAAACUUCACGGUGGAGCCAGCUGGCUAUACAACCUAUUUGAUCAUGACAUCGGAAACGCCAUCAAAGAUUCUUUGAAUGGUCAGAUCUGUAGUACAGUUGUUGAUGAGGUGAAUGGCAGUUUGGAAGACGAACUUAAAACAUUGCAAGUGAUUGCUCCUGUUGAAGAUAUCAUCGAGAUUGACUACUCAUUGGUAGAAAGUCCUUCCUUCAACGGAUCUAUCAAUACAGCUCACAAGGGUGAAGUGUACCCACUCGGAAACAAGACCGAAUGCCCUCUACCGGUUCCUCAGAUUCCACCAGAUUCGGAUGUGUCUCGCAUGGUGUUCAUCUGGAUAACCGAAUAUCUGCCUAACUCUGCCGGUUAUGUGCUUCAGAACAUCGGUUUUCUUCAGUAUAACGUGACCCCUGACAACGUCCCUGCCGAGGAGAAGUAUCUCCUGAACACAUCAAACUUUGCUCUAGAUCUUCUCAUCCCACAGAUUAACAAGAUGUAUCCAAACAUGGCUAUGCAGAUCAAUGUGAACAGCACCAAGGCUCCAGUGGUCAAAGUAGCAUCUACCGGGGUUCAAGCUGUCUUGGUUGGGGACUUCACCCCGUACGCAAUCUUGCCCAAUAAGACACUGGCAUACCUGUUCACACUCAGCGUGACCAUAUCAUCCAAGGUUACUGUGAACUUUACAUCCAACAACAUAACCUGGAACAUAUCGUCGUUUAGUACAACAAUGAAAGCGGUGCAUUCAGCGGUGGGCCCAUUUUUCACAUCAGCUCUUCAGUUGGCUGUUAACACUGCUAUCAAAGCUGAACUUGUUCCUAAGCUCAACCAGCUUGGUGCUGUUGGUGUCCCUCUACCUCAGUUGGAAGGAUUCAACUUUACCAAGCCCGUCGUCUCCUUAGGGGAGGGAUUUUUGAAGAUCGGAACAGACCUGACAUAUACUCCAUAAAUCUUACAUCUUCUUCAAUGUGUUCAAACAAGAAUUAACUAAAUGAUAAUGGUAUAGCAGGCUGGUGUAAAUGAACAAAAUUAAUAAAAAUACU